AUGCGCUCCACUAGGUCUCCAUACCCACGCGCUGGGCGCCCUUGCAAACUACAUGGCAACACUUAUACCACCUGUCCAUCCAUCAAGCCAUCGUCUCAGCCCUCCAUUUACCUUGGAAGCACUCAAUACAUCUACUUCAUCCCGACAAAUCCCGCCACUCAGCCCCCUCCCCUCGUCAUUCUUAGCCUGAACUAG